UGCUUGGUGUUGAUGUCAAUAUGGCUGCUGUCAGAGAGACAAAGGCAAGCCAGUCUGGGUAGAGAAAACUACAGUAGGAUUCAUUUUUAAUAAAGCGGGACAUCAUUUUUUGUGGGUAAUAAAUAGUGCAAUAAUACGAGGAUUUUAUUUUAAAUUUGAUAUUAAAUGGUGUGGUGGAAGAAGUCCCAGGAUAUAUUAAAGAAUGUCUCACUACACAGACGAGCCACGGUUCACUAUUGAGCAGAUCGAUCUUCUGCAGCGUCUCCGCCGGACAGGGAUGACCAAGCAUGAGAUACUGCAUGCCCUGGAAACACUGGAGCGUCUGGACCGUGAGCACGGGGACAAGUUUGGCCGCAGGCCUGCCUAUGGCGGAACAAGCACCGCCACUUCUGCUAAUAAUGUGGUGGCCUCCUCUUCCACCACCACCAUCGCCACACAGACCCUGUACCGCGGGCUUUCACCAUCCCCCAGCAACAGCUACGACACCUCCCCGCCCCCCAGCAGCGCCACAACCAAUCAGAAUGGCAAAGAGAGUAUGCCUGCCACCCCCAACGGGAAGCUGUCACCAAGCCGAUACCCCGCCAGUAGUGUGGGUCAAAGGUCAUACAGCUUUGAAGCCACAGAGGAUGAGCUGGACAUCGAUGAUAAGGUGGAGGAACUCAUGAGGAGAGAUAGCAGCAUCAUCAAGGAGGAGAUCAAGGGCUUCCUGGCAAAUCGUCGGAUCUCACAGGCUGUGGUGGCUCAGGUGACAGGUAUCAGCCAGAGCCGUAUCUCCCACUGGCUGCUGCAGCAGGGCUCUGACUUGAGUGAACAGAAGAAGAGGGCUUUUUACAGGUGGUACCAGCUGGAGAAGACCAGCCCAGGCGCCACCCUUAGCAUGCGCUCUGCCCCCAUCGCCAUGGAGGACCCCGAGUGGAGACAGACCCCACCCCCGGUUAGCUCCACUCCGGGCAGCUUCCGACUGCGUAGGGGCAGCCGCUUCACCUGGAGGAAGGAGUGUCUGGCUGUGAUGGAGAGCUAUUUCAACGAGAACCAGUACCCUGAUGAAGCUAAAAGAGAAGAGAUAGCCAAUGCCUGCAAUGCUGUGAUUCAGAAGCCAGGGAAAAAGCUAUCAGACUUGGAGAGAGUCACCUCCCUGAAGGUCUACAACUGGUUUGCAAACCGACGGAAGGAAAUCAAGAGACGAGCUAACAUUGAAGCAGCAAUCCUGGAGAGCCAUGGGAUUGAUGUGCAGAGUCCAGGAGGUCACUCCAAUAGUGACGACAUUGAUGGCAAUGACUACUCGGAGCAGGAUGACAGCACCAGCCACAGUGACCACCAGGAUCCCAUCUCUCUAGCUGUGGAAAUGGCUGCUGUCAAUCACACCAUAUUAGCGCUGGCGAGACAAGGCGGGGCCGGGGAGAUCAAGACAGAGGUGCUGGAUGACGACUGAGGUUCUCGCAUGAGGAACUUGGGGGGAGGGAGAGGAAGUUAAAGAAUACAUGGUGACCAAAACAAUUCUCGUUUAGCACCUUUGUAGAUCUGCUCUGUCCUAAAUUUCUCUAAUCCCCUUUCAGCAAUGUAAUGUUUGUAACAUGAAUGUAUAUGCUCUUGUCAGUUUAAAAGAGAAAAACUAAAAAAGCGCACCCUGCUUACCUCGCAUUACAGAUAAAGGACCCCCCUCCCCUCAGUGAUUCCAGUGUCCCUACGUUUGAUGUAAAUGUGCUUCCUUUGCCUGUCUUUGUUUCUCAUUUAUCUGCCCAAAGUGAUAUGAAAACACACACAGUACAGCCCAAGGUCCUGAGCCCCUUUGCCAGUCCCUGCUUCUCUCAAUGCUAAAUACCAUACAGUGUUAAAAAGGGAAGGUAAAACCAUAGAAAUAAACAGUCAAAUGUAUCAUCUAAAGCCUUCUGCCUUGUUAGAACUGAAAUAAUUUGCCGAAGCAUUUAUAUACUGCAUUGUUAUUUUUCCCCCAAGUCUUUAAUAGGGAUUUUUAAAAAAUUUUUACAUUUUUUUUUUAAGUGCUGGAGGCCUGGAAGAGAAACAAUGUAGGCUAAUGGCUUUACUCCUGCUUCCUAUCAAACUGAGAAAUGUCUUGGGAUCUGUUGAUUUACAGUGCUUCCACUUCUACAGGAUAUCACUUAUAUUUACAGUGUGUAGAAAAGCGUUUAAGAGUGUUUUUUCUUAAACUAAAAUGGUAAAGAUCCCAGCGCACAGCAGGAACCUCUUUGUGUAGUAUAGUUGUAGUGCAGCAGGUUAAUAACCAACGUGGCGCUAGCUUUUCCUCUUGGAAACUACUGUACACUCUGCUUACGAUAAAGAUAUAUAAAAAUAGAAAAACUGGAAAUCAAAAUCCAGAUUUCCAGCACACAUCUGGCUAACAACCUGACAGUCAACUAUUUACCUUAAUGUAAUGAUUCUCAAACCUUUUCUAGUUGAGAUUUAAGGUCACAUUUACUAAUAAAUUGUAGAAAUAACAAACUGUAGAUUUGUGUUGUUAAACAUGAAAUACAUAAAUAACAAAAAUACACAUUGUAUUUGAUAAAUAUUAAAAAUUACAUGCUUCAUUACACUGUAGUCACUGUAUAGUAGGGUCUGCUUGUGAUUUUGCAGUCCUCCCUGUGGGCCCCAGUUCCUCGCUUUGAGAACCGCUGCCUUGAUUAGUACUGUUUAUCUGAGUUGACCAUCGUUUUAAUGAGAUUGCAACUCAAAAAAGAAUAUCCCUGUGCUGCUGGGAGUCUGGUUUAAGGUUGUGAAUUGUCACUGUGAUUCUACUGUCUGGAGGCCACAGCUUGUUAAGAGGUUUGUGAUAUGAGUGCAGUAGCCAUCAUCUGCUAUCUUGAUUAAGAUUUGUUUGAGGAAAGGGGAUGAUAGUCAAUUUGUGUCAGCCUCUUUGUUCUAGCUGAUUAGGGUGAUGUUUCUGUUGUUGCCUUGAGCACUGAGGAUCACUUUCACUAUGCCAUCACCACAAGGGUUUUUAGGACUUAUCCUUUCACUAACCCCACAGACACUUCUUACCAUUUUAUUAACCCCUUUUAAAGCAUCUGUGGCAAUCACACAGACUAAACAGCAUUAACAAUAUAAUGUACAUUGGAUCUGGAAUGUCUCUGCUGUUACAGUAUGUGCUGCUGAACCCUCAGGGCCACACUGCAGCAUCUGUGAGGGAGACCACAGUUGCUGCAGUUUCACCUCUCCCAGCAGACAAGAUAGAUACAAAGUUUGGGAGGGGGGUAUUUUGAGGAGUGCUAUGGAAUGCAAGGGAAGAAAGAAGAUAGUGUCUAUACCAAUAUACAAUGCCUAUAGAAAGUCUACACCCCCUUUCAAAAUGUUCACCUUUUGUUGCCUUAUGGCCUGGAAUUAA